AUGGUCCCGGCGCGCGCCCAGGACCUCGGCCUGGACACCUUCUCCAUGCCUGUGUCUUACUCCAUGCCGGCACCGGCCGCCUACUCCGCGCACCCGAGCGCCCCCUGGGCCGUCGCCGCCCCCAGCCCGCCGGCCAAGAAGUCCGCCGUCCUGCAGCACUUCAAGUCGAUCCGAGGCUCGACGUCCACCACGCCGCGGGUGGCCGACGAGGACAGCACGGCCACGCCGCCGCGCUACUCGAGCAGCUACAACUCUCAGCGCGUGCAGCUGCAGGUGCGGCCCGACAGCCAGCCGGCCGCGCGGCAGGACGAGCAGGCCCUCAUGCAGAAGCAGCAGAGCUACCAGAACCUGCACGACUACCAGGCACUCAGCAAGAAUAGCUACCAGAACCUGGCCAGCCUGCAGGACCAGAGCCAACAGCAGCCGCAGCAGCAGGCGUACCAAAGCUACCAGCAGAAACAGGCCCACCAGCAGCAACAGGCGCAUCAGCAAGGCCAGCAGUAUGGCUCCCAGGACCAAACCUACUCCCAGCAGAAGCAGGACCAGCAGUAUGCCGCCCAGGACCAGACCUACUCCCAACAGCAGGUCUACCAGCAAAAGGCUGAACAGCAGAAGAAGCCGGAGCCGCAGGUGUCUGAAGAGGAGACGGACGAGCAUCAGCAGCUGCAACAGACGGGCCCGCAGCAGGACAAGCCUACCAAGACCUACACGGCCAACGUGCUGAGUUACGCGCAGGGCCAGGGUCAGGCCACGUCGCCGGCGCCCAGCCAGCCGGUGCCCAACGCCGUCUCCAUCGAGGAGGCGGUGGCGGCGGCCGCGGCCGUGACGCAGACCCCGGAGCUGGCCCCGCUCACGCCCGAGGAGGCCCAGCGCAUCUUUGCCCAGCAGCAGGAGCUGCGUCAACAACAGCAACAGUACAUGCUCUCGCAGCAACAGCAGCAACAUCCACAUCAGAGGCAACAACCGCAGCAGCAGUCCACCACGGCGCAGUACGAGCGCUACUACGAGGCCGCGGCCGCCACGGGUGUCACUCCCAACCCGUACCUGGCGCCGACGCACCUGUACACGACGCCGGCGCUGGGCGUUGGCGCAGUCGUGGGCGCCCCGGUGCGCGGCGCCGUGCUGCCCCACUACAAGCAGGGCGCCAACCUGGUCGUGGGUGCCGGCGGCGCCAGCAGCCCGGUGAUGCAGGCCGCCGUCAACUACUACAAGAACGGCUACUACGCUGACCCCUCCCUCAUGUACCAGCUGGGCAAGACCCCCUACCGGCGCGUGUCCGGGCCCGCCCCCCGGCCGCGCCCGCGCCCGCGUCCCCAUCACCGGCCCCACGCACACGCGCACCUCCCCCACGCCCACGCGCACGUCGCGCCCUACAGGUACAAGUCGUCCGCGGGCCCGCAGGUGCAGCACUUCUUCCACGGGCCGUACACCAUGGAGGCCGCGGUGGGCGCCAACCCCGGCGCGGGCGCCUCGCCUGACGCGUGGAUCGAGCACGCCAUCGCCCCCAUCAAGAGGGACGACUCGCUGCUCUCGGGCCUCGGCACGGCGCCGGGCUCGUCCACCGCACUCCUCAACGGGCUCCUGGUGCCCAUCGUCCUGCUCGGACUGAGCAUCCCCGCCCUGGGCUUCGCCUACUCGUACCUCAGCAGGCGGCGGGCCUUCGACAACGACGUGGCCUCCUUCGUGCAGAACCUCCGGCCCGACGAGGAGACCAUCGACUACUACUUCAACAUGCUGCAGAAGUCCAUAGAGUGCUUCAGCGACCCCAAGCUCAGCCACUGUGAAUGA